GAAAUAAUCUCGUGGAGGCAACGGACGUGACCGUUGCACUGUACUGUACUUGGCUUUUUUUUCUUUUCUUGUAAAAUCCUGUAACUCAUUAGAUAGUAGUAGUAGUUAUUGAGAAGCUUCACAAAACCUCCGACGACGGGACGCUUGGCGGUUCCAGGGGCUCCGACACUAGAUAGACUAACGGUCGCCGACACGCCCCAGAGCGCGUCUCCUUGAUCGACCGCCCGGAUGCUUGACCGUAGACUGGCCUCCCCGCUUUCAAUAGAACAUGCUGCCCUUGGGGAAUCAUGGACUUUUGGUCUCGUCUCAUUGGCGGUUCCCGCUCGCUGUCGUCCAAGACGCUGCGAACAAAUACGCCUGCGGAGCGACUGGCAGCCUUUAAACGGACAUGCAAUACACUGCAGCAAAUAUGGCGGACUAGCAAUUCUCCCUCCAGCGAGCUGGGUGCGACGGCUCACGCGCGCAAUUGCCUCGAUCGUCUGAAUACAGUGCUCAGUGACGAGUCUCGAGGACCAGCUCCCCAUCCCUGCCUGGCGUAUGCUUCGACAUCCCAGAUCUAUGUGACGGUGACGAAGCUGGCCCUGUCAUCCUACGAUGAAGACACUCUACGAAGUGCCGCCAUCUUCUUUAACACCUUGAUCGAUGCGGAGGUCGAUGGCAUUGUCGACAGCCGGCUUUUCGCUCGAGCGCUCCUGGAUCUCGUCCGCAGAGGUGUAGCUGCUGGCGAGGAGAUCGAAGGCAGGUUGAUAGAGCUGUUGUUCGGAGUGGCCAACAAUAUUCGUCUGCAGCCUCAUAUCCUAUCCGCCUGGUUCGUCCCGAAACAGCGGUCAGAUUCCGACGACGGAGACCAGACACACUCAGGGAAGGAAUUUGCUGGAGAAACGAGAAAGGACGACUUCCCGCUCUUUUAUCUGUUGAUUGAGUAUGUACACCAUGAAGGUCGAGCAGGUGAUUUUGCGCGCACGGGCUUGCUGUAUAUCAUCGAAACAGCGUCCAACUCGCGGCCUUUGGAACGGUGGUUGAUCGAGAGUGACUUGGCCACGCUGAUGGCCACUGGAUUAGGAGCGCUCUACAGUCAACUGGGCCGAACUCUCUCCUUUUCCGUGACGGACGAAGAUGUACCCCCAAUAAUCGCGUUUUCUGACCAUGCGCGCCAGGAGACUGCGGUACAGCCACAGCUCGGCGCUCAUAUGGAUUCGUUCCUCUCGUACCUUCUGUUCUGGCAGGAUACCGUCGAUCACUGUAAAUCCGCAGAAGUAAACGACACAUUGCUGGACCAUUUCCAGAUCCUUUUCUUACAGCAGCUUCUUUACCCAUCAUUGCUCGAAUCAUCCGAUGUGGACGGCGGCUCCACACCCGCCGUCCUUACAUAUUUGUACCGAAUUCUGGAAUCGAUAGACCAGCCUUAUCUGAUCCAUCGAAUUCUUCAUUACUUGCUCGCAUCGUCAUCCGAACCCGAACCUAUAACGGAGACAACCCGUAUGCCAACCCAACCUGUCCGCAUGUCGCUCAGUCGUAGAAAGUCAUUGGAUAUAUUGGCUGCUUUCGCCGAAGAAGCCGCCAAGCCCUCCCCGUCGCUGUUCAAUCUCGUUGAUCUGGUCCUCAUGAGCAUCAAGUCUCAUAAUCGACAAACUGUGAUUGCUACCCUGCGACUGCUGGCGGUGAUCUUGCAGAGGCAUCACUCCUUUGCUGGCUCUCUGAUCCAGACGAGUCCUCCCAGCUACCAGGAGACGCAACGGACAGUCGGUGCACUGAACGCGGAAUUGCAGCAAUUCCUGUCCAUGGCCACCACUAUGGUUGAUGAUCCGACUCUGGACGAGUCUUACGAGAACUACCUGAAGGACGCAACGUUCAUUCUCGAGUCACGUCUCUUCCUCCUGACCCCGUCGGUGGGCAACUUCCCAGAUGGACCAGCCGAUCGACCCUUGGAUGUCCAGGACGAUGACCCGAUCUUGAAGGAGAUCCUGCGGCUUCUGGACUCCUUUUUCACCAACAGUGUUGUCGUGAACCUGGCCCUGACCGAAGUGAUCACAAGCCUUGCCUCGUCCAAUCUCGUCUCACUUGACGGCUGGCUUCUCGUGAAGCCAUCCAACUAUGAGUAUGGACCGGAGGCGGCAUCGGAUUCCAGUGUGCAAUCUCCAGAGCCGGGCACGGAGCCGCAAUCGCAACCAAACGAGACAGAUCCGUUUUCCAUGAUCAAGUUCGCGUACAAGGAACCGACAUGGUCGGAGAAGAAUGUUCCCUUGGUGACGGGGAGGCUUCAGAGUCUAGUGAAGCAUGUCGAGGAUUGGCGACGCGACAUCCCAGACUUUGAUGUCCUCGUUGCGGCGCGCCGUGAUCUGCUGCACCAGGACGAAAAGCCACAGCCAAUGCCUAUUCGAUCUCGACAACCGUCUGAGCCUCCAAUUGGCACUCCCAAUGGACGGCCGCUGCAGCGCGUAGCACGUUUCGAGGUAGAGUCUGCUUCGCCAAGGGGGCGAAACCCCAGACCGUUUGACCUUUCCGAGGCAUCGCCAUCCCGGUUUGCAGCUGGAGGCUCCCCGUUGCGGGAACAGUCAGUCCGUACGCCCCCGUCCCGUGGGGUGUCUGCUUCACGGUCAGUCGUCGCGGAGGAUCUGCGCCGCCGUCUUGCUAUGCCAUUCCAGGUCGACAAACCGAUACCAGGUUCCGAACCCCAGCCUGUUAAACCGGAGGCUGCCAGCAUCGACGGCGAAGCACCUGCGGAAGAGCAGUCUAAAGCCCAGGACGCUGGGGAGACGGUCACUCUGGGCCAUGUGCUGACCAACACGGUCAUUCUUUAUGAGUUUAUCCUGGAGCUGGCGGCGCUGGUGCAAGUGCGUGGCAGCCUGUUCCAAGAAGCCGGAUACACGCGAUGAGUCUGCUGAGUAGGUGAUGAUAGUACGAUAUGUGUCAUUAUUAUUAUGUCUCGGACCCUGUAUAAACAGUCUUUUCCGUCUCUAGCUUUCCCCAUCUCCCCCUUCUGCAUCGUUUUCGAGUUUGGUUCCAUUAUACCCACGUCCCGCUUAUCUAGAUCGUGCUUCUUCCUUGUAGUUAGGUACAGUUCGGAACAUACUACUUGAUAGCUGAAGAGGGAGCCAUUUUGAAACACAAUGCAUGGUGAAAAGUAAACAGUACCGUAGCGAUUGGGAGCCAAGUGUCAAUUAGACCAGAUUAUCGUUCUUUGUCUAUGUAUUCCUGUACGAGCGGUCAAAUAUGAUUGGACCACCAUGAGAUGUUAAAAUAAAAUAACAGACCAUCUGUAAUCCUACUCCAGUACUGGGUUUGAGAUCGUCAUGGUCCAGGCGCGUGCCGUCCCUACUUAAGUAGGGGCGAGGCACCAGAAAGCUUGAAGAAACUCG